UGACCUUAGUCCAUCCAGAUCAAUAGGGAAGUGAAGCUGGCAAGAAGAAGAGGAAGAAAUAAGGGGCGCAACCGGAUCGUUUACACUGGCCGUUCCAGAGGAAAUAUAGACUUGUCUCGCGCGCACCUUUUGUUGCCACAUGCGCUCACUUUAGGCGAAAGUGGAUAUCGAGGCAAUUCUAUUGCUUUGUGUGACUGCAGCAGACUUUACCUCUACUACCGACAGCCAUGUCCUUUCCUCAGCUGGGAUAUCAGUAUAUCCGGCCAAUAUACCCGCCGGAGCGCCAAGGACUUCCCAGCAACGCCAGGACCGGGACAGAGCUGAGUCCGUCUGGUGCGCUCUCAAACGUCCUCUCCAGCAUGUACGGAUCUCCGUUCGCAGCCGCGGCGCAAGGCUAUGGAGCCUUUCUCCCUUACUCCAGCGAUAUAUCUAUCUUCAACCAGCUGGGUGCUCAGUAUGAGCUAAAAGAUAGUCCCGGAGUGCAGCACCCAGGGUUUGCCCAUCAUCACCCUGCCUUCUACCCCUAUGGCCAAUAUCAGUUUGGGGAUCCGUCCAGACCCAAGAACGCUACGAGGGAGAGCACCAGCACCCUAAAGGCCUGGCUCAGUGAACACCGCAAAAACCCAUAUCCCACUAAAGGAGAGAAGAUCAUGCUGGCCAUCAUCACCAAGAUGACCCUCACACAAGUGUCCACCUGGUUCGCCAACGCCAGGAGGAGACUCAAGAAGGAGAACAAGAUGACGUGGGCUCCUCGGAACCGUACCGACGAAGACGGUAAUGUUUACUCCAGUGACCACGAAGGGGAGGAGGGGGACAAGAGGGAGGACGAAGAGGAGAUCGACCUGGAGAACAUUGACACAGAGAACAUCGAAAAUAAGGACGACUUGGAUGACCAGGACGACCUACACUCUGAACUCAAGCUGGACGGGAGAAGUGACUCUGAGAUUUCUGAUGGCUUUGAGGAUUUACAAGGGCCUGAGCAGAGGUUUCUAAAAGCUAUGGGAAAAGACAGUAAAGUAGUGGACCGAGAGCACUUCCACAGCCACCACCACCAUCAUCACCCGCACUGGACAUUAAAACGGCCCAGUCCUAACGGGGAGCCGUUAAAACUUGAACGCGGUGUCGCAGGCUCUCCUCCCUCAGAGAAUAACGCGGCCCCGGCUGCCCAGAAACCAAAGAUCUGGUCUUUGGCAGAGACAGCCACGGCUCCUGACAAUCCACGCAAAUCCCCACCACAAAUAAACGGAGCUAACUCCGCUGGGCCCGCGGCGCAGACCAUAAUCGCUCCUCACAGACUCAUUUCUUCUUGUCCCGUUGGGAAAAUUCAGAACUGGACAAACCGAGCGUUCUCCGCGCAUCAGCUGGCUUUACUGAACUCUAACCACUAUCUGGGACUGGCAAACCAGGCAACAGCCACAGGCCUGGCCCUGUACAGCAGCAGGCAAACGGAGGACAAGAGCCAUAGUCCAGAGACUCCAGUCACAGGUACCUGUCCCCGACACUGAGACGUGCAUGUAGAAUCAGCCCAAACAAAGACGCUACCCCACUGCUUGCCACUCAUUAUUUUAGAGCCCUUUUUGACUGACUUUGGAUUGUGUCUGUCUAGGCCACACAGAAGACCAGUAUUACAGUGUUACUUCUUACAAUGUGUGUGCGUGCGUGUGCGUGAGUUCGAAUGUCUGUCAAACCAAUUCAGCGCUUUUUACGCAUUGAAACAACAUUGGUUGAGGAUGAAACUGAGGCCCAUAUCUGCUUUUAUUUUAUGGUUCACAUAUUACAAUGCAAAUGUAACAUUCUCUCCAACCCUAAUCUGGUUUUAUUUAUUUAUAUUUUUUCUACAAAAUAAUUAAUUCAUUACCACUGUUUCUGAUAGAUCUAGUGCCUUUAUGGAGAGGAAUUGUAAAAACAAAAAACAAAAACUUUUUUACGCAGUAGAAAAAGUGCAAGACACUGUCAGUGAAUUAUGCUGGGAAUUUGUUUUCUUUUGGAGCCAUAUUAUUUUAUUAUUUCUUAUUGUAUUUUCAAACGCCAUUUUGCCCAGCUUUUAUUUGCUUGCGUUUUUUCUCAAGGCCUGUGUUAUUCGUUUGUGGUCAUGCAAAUUAGUUCGAUGCAUAUUCGCAAAGCAAGUGUCUCUUUUCUAUCUCUUUGUGUUGAAGCUCUUGAUGCGGCUAUUAUUAGUACAGUGUUUUCUUUAGAUCUCAUUUGAUUCCAGGCCUCGAAACAGCGCUGACUGUGGUCCUUUUUCCUCCACAACCCCAUGUGCCCAUAUGAUUCGUCCCUUUCAUUUGAAUAUGGAAUGUAAAAUAACUAUAAACAUCUCUGUAUACUUACAUUGUAAGCAUGUCCCGUGUAAAACUGCUAAUGUAAUAAUGUAUGAACUGUAGUCUGUGAGUUUCCCCUUUUCCUUUUCAUUUUUGUAAGUUCUGUGAGGAAUUGAUGUUCAAACGUUUUGUAUAUAAAGUUGAGAAUAUGUACAUACUUGUGAACCAAAUUGUACAAAGUCUAUAUUUUGGCUAAUAAAUGAACUGCUGCAACUUUAA